GUAUGCUCGAAUAGUGUUGAUGUCUGGAGAGGAAUAUGACUCUGAUAUGGAUUACUCUGAAGAGGAUUGUGGUUAUGCUGAUUACUACAAUACUGAAGAAGACUGUGAUAUAGAUCAAAUAGAUCCAAGUAAGACUGACCCUGAGUAUUUUGUUUUUGAUUGCCUUAGUGUUGAAGAAGUGGAGCGCCUUCUAAACGAAUCAGUUGAGAGCUUGAGCAAUAGCUUACAGAUCACCCCUUCCCUUGCCAAAGUAUUACUUCAUGCACAUAAUUGGCUAAUUUCUGAGAUAGUGUCAAAAUAUCGGUCAGAUUCAUCACACUUACUGGUGAUCUCCAAGAUCAAGCCACCUCAUCCUCCAGAACCAUCCAUCCUUCAGUUAGGACGCCUUCAGUCAUGUCCUGUCUGUUUAGCAUCUCAGAGCAGUGAUAAAUUCAAGAGUCUGGCAUGUGGGCAUCCAUUUUGCAAGGAAUGUUGGUCAAUGCAUUUUGAAGUCCAGAUCACCCAGGGAGUUUCAACAGGUAUUGGUUGUAUGGCUCAGGAGUGUGAAGUCCUUGCCCCUGAGGAUUUUGUCCUUAAUUCACUCAGUAGACCAGCUUUGCGUGACAAAUACCAGCAGUUUGCCUUCCGAGAUUACGUGCGUUCGCAUCCUCAUCUUCGUUUCUGUCCUGGGCCAAACUGUCAAGUUGUGGUGCGGGCAAAGGAACCUCAAGCAAAACGUGUCAUAUGCAAUGUUUGCCGAGCCAUCUUUUGUUUCCGGUGUGGUACCGAUUAUCAUGCCCCCACAGAUUGUUCAACGAUAAAGAAAUGGCUCACAAAAUGUGCAGAUGAUAGUGAAACUGCCAAUUAUAUUAGUGCUCAUACCAAAGAUUGUCCCCGUUGCCAUAUUUGCAUUGAGAAAAAUGGUGGGUGCAAUCAUAUGCAGUGUUAUAAUUGCAAGCAUGACUUUUGUUGGAUGUGUCUAGGGGAUUGGAAAUCCCAUGGUUCUGAAUACUAUGAGUGUUCACGCUACAAGGAAAAUCCAAAUAUUGCUCAUGAGUCUGUGCAUGCCCAAGCCAGAGAGGCCCUCAAGAAAUACUUGCACUACUAUGAAAGGUGGGAGAACCAUUCUAAAUCGCUUAAAUUGGAAGAGCAAACAUUGUUGAAGAUCAAAACACGUAUUAACAAAAAGGUCAUGGAUUCAUCAGGGACAUGGAUUGAUUGGCAGUACCUUCUUGAUGCUACAUCUCUCCUCGCAAAAUGUCGAUAUACUCUGCAAUACACCUAUCCAUAUGCAUACUAUAUGGAGGCAGGACCUCGCAAGGAAUUGUUUGAGUAUCAACAGGCACAAUUAGAAGCAGAGAUUGAAAAUUUGUCUUGGAAGAUUGAAAGAGCUGAAACUACCGAUAGAGGAGAUUUGGAGAAUCAAAUGGAUAUUGCUGAAAAGCGUCGUGCCACACUUCUGAAAGAUUUUCUUGAAGUAUGAUAACUAUGUGAAAAAUGUGAAAGUGAACUCAAUGCACCAUCCAGCCUCAGUCCACACAGUUUGCCAGCUUGUUCCCUGUUCAGCCAGUACCUGUACUGCUCUAAAAACGCCAAUGUUCAAAAUAUAUUAUAUUCACGGUGCAAGUUGAGUUGCAUGUUUUUGUUGGUUUUUUGUUUUUUUAUUUUUCUCAAACAGUUAGUUUGAACUAUUCAAUUACAAUUUUUAGAAUGUUUUUUUUUAAACAAUGUAAAUAUAUAUUUCAAAGUUGUAUAUAUUUUGUAUACAAAAAUGCGGUUAUUCAGUGUGACAAUUAAGGGUCAUUAACAUAUGUACAAUUCCAUUAUCUUCUGUGUGAAAUUUUAAAUGUCAAAUUUUUCACUAAAGAUAAAUGGAGAAAUUAAAUUUCGUAAAUCAAAAUUUAAAAUAUUACCUAUGCCAUGUAUGUACAAAUGGAAUUAGCAAGUACUUUGUGGAGUUAUGUUGUUUGCAUCAUGAAAUUACAAAAGUCUUCAAGGAACUAACUUUUUUAACUUAUGUUAAAUUAAUAUUUUUAAUUUUUUACAUUUUCUUUUGUUACAUCUAAUCAUUUCUGCAAAAAAUAUUUAUUUUUCAAUCAUGUUCUUGUUAUUUUGAGAAAGUAGGUGAAACCUGUUUUUCUUUUUUGUUUUCUUUUGUUGUGAAAUUUUUCCAAAAGAAUCUACUUUAUAAUUGUUAUACUAGAAAUACACUAGCGAUUGUUACACUAGGUGCUUGAUAUGUAAAAAGUAUUGCAUGCAAAUCAACCUAUUUAUUACAAUUUCCUCUGUAGGCUAUGUUGUUACACUUGCUUGCUUAGAAUUUGUCUUUCUUGUGCUGUUUCUUAUAUUUGUAGUGAUCAAGGACAAAUUUAUCUUGGAAGGUGCAUGACUUCUGGUUAAAGUGUCUUGCAAACUUUAUUCACACUUAUUAGUUGGCCUUCUAGACUCGUAGGACAUAAGGUAGGCAACAGUAUUUAUGAUCCAGUCUUAAUGAACUUUGUAUUAAACUUAAUUUUUUUCAUUUAUUUUGUUUUGGAUUCAGUUUUGCGGAGCUUUAUUUAGAUGUGAAAAGGAUAGUAUGUGAAAGGAUAGUUCAUGAAUGUGUUAUUUCAGUGUGUUCCCAGAUAAGAAUCGUGUGACUCCACAAUAAAAUUCUGAAAGUGUGUUACGGUAUUACACUAUUGUCAGAAAAGUUCUCUCUUAAAACAGUGAAUUUCUUGUUAUUCAUAUCCUUUAGAGAUACAGUGUAAUAAGACUUCUUAUUUUACCUUGAGUAGUGUUAUGUCGUGUAAGUAACCCAAUCAUAUGAAUGGUAAAUUCAUCAAUAUUUAUUCAAUUUGUGGGCAUGUUUGGUGUACUGUAUCUUUUUGUGUUUUAACAUUCAUCAGUUAGAAUUUUCCCAUUUCUAUCAUUUUGGCAUGAAAGAAAAUAAAACUUAAGUAAAUAUUCACGGUGGUGGGCAACAUGAGAAUGAUUCAGAAGAUAAUUUUUAAGUUUUUAAAAUUUAUUUUGAUAUGAAAUAUAGUGUUCAGUUGCUCAAAUUGAUCAUCUAUUUGAUGUUGAAAUCUUUCAGAACACUUAUGUGAAUGACCCUCAAUUGAAUGAUUGCUGAUGAAACAUUUCUUUCCUAUGUAAGAAAAAUGCAAGGAAAUUGUUUCAGUAAAAUAAAUUCAGUAAGUUUAAAUUUAGUUAUCAUUUUCAGUGGAUAAACUAUAGCAAAAGUAAAUUUGUGAUUUUUUAUAGUUUUUGGUAUGGCUCAUUUUACAGUGAGUGGUCUGCAGACUUUUCAUAAAUGUAUAAUAAUCAGGGAUAAAGAAAAUAUUAUUUUGCAUAACUUGAAAAUUUAUUGUCAUGUUAAAUUAUCAUUUUAGGGUCAGCGUCUUGUUGAUCAUCCCACAUUGCUAAGUCACGUUGUGUGCCUCUUCAUAAUAUUUCAGUUUUACUCUUGUGCUGUAGAUAUGUACCUGAGCAAAUUGUGGCUUUGCAUAGUGUAUUGCAUUAUAAUUGUAAUUUUGUAGUUAAUGCGUGUAGACUAUUCAUUAUGCGAUUUUAUUUAUUCUCAUUUCUUUACCACAAAUUUAAUUAACACUUUAUUGUUAAGUUUUAUUUCUUCAUUAUACAAUACUUCUAUGUUUAUUUGCUAUUGUAUGUUACAGAAUUGGCCUAUACUGAGCUCAUCAAAGAGGAAAACAUUUUUUUAACAGAUGAGACCAUGGCCCAAGAUUAAGUAUGAGUUAGAAAUAAUUGAAUGUGUUUUUAUUUUGCCGUACAUGAUAUUCAUUUUGACAGGCCUAUAGUUAGACAUCUUUCUCAAGAUUUAAAUUAGUAUUAUCUGUCUAAAAUGUAAUAUGGAAUUGGCAUUUUCCAAAUUAAUCCUUAUAAAUUGAUACUACUAUUUUAAGUGACCAGACAUACUAUUGUUCUUGUUAGUGUGUGUCUUUUUUUUUUUGUUUUUUUUGUUUGUUAUAAUUGCCCUUGUUGUUUGAAAUUUGUGGAAAAUUGGAACAAACCAAGUUAAUUAUGGGCAACUUGGCAGUCUGGUUUUGCAAAGAUCUAGAGUCAUUGAGAGGACCAAGGCUUGGCUUUAUAGGAGGAAAGGUUCCAUGAAAUGUGUAGUAAUUGGCAGAUAUUUCAAGAGAUACCCAAGUGUCUAGGUUUUGUUGGAAAGAAUUCACAUGAAUAGUCCAUGGUUGUUUUCUCCUACCAUUCCAGAAGGCUGAAGCUUCUCGUGUCUGAAUUAUUUUUGAAAUAUUUUGUUGAUAUUCAUAGUUCUUGAAAAAUUAUGGAUCGACAUCAUCAAAAAUUUCCUUUGAUUCUUAGCAGAUCUCAAACACAGGUUCUAUGAACUUUUUUUUCUUCUUCUUGUUCUUCUUCUUCUUAAUCUCCUUCUUCUUCUAAGUUUAACAUACUUGCAAACCUCAAGAGAAUUACUGGUAUUUUAAAAAAAUUAAUUUAUUUAUUUUUUUAUUUAAUGUCAAAAACAGCAAAACAAACUUCAGUAAUCUAAUAUGAAGGAUUAUACUAAUCUCUUUACGUGGAGCUCCAGAAUUCCUACCCUUGCUCUUUUACGAUACUUAAAGGUACAAGUUAAGUUGAAUUACAAUUAAAAGUAGCAAAGAGCAGUUUGGCAAAAUAUGAUAAGAAAUAUUUGUUCCUUCAUAACAAAUGAUUUAGAUUUAUUCAGUCAAAAAAAACAGUAAAAACUGUAUGUGAUAUAGAGGGAAAAGAUUAUCUGCGCACG